AUGGUCAAGAUGGCAUGGAACGACGCGGGCAGGACUUCAGACUCAUCGCCGAAGGCUGCCUUCAUCGUCGGAGACCUUCCGCGAGCAGGCCGAAAGGCCGACCUCUAUCCGCCCCGUAUGGCGGCCUUGCUACUCCGUCGCAAGGGUGACCACCUCGUGCUUCUGCUCGUCAAGAGGCUGUCCCACAACAUGCUAGAGCUCGCGGUCAUGGUGGAGGUGGAGGAGGAUGUGAAGCGGGAUGGUGAUGUGGUGCGGUUUGUGCCAGCUCUCCUGCUCAUGGCCGUGCUAGCUGCCCGGCUGAUCCAUUUGCUAUUGAUGAGAUGGAACAGCAGUAGCCCAUACAAGGUAGCAGGGGCGGCAGCUGCAAGGCUGCCGCCGGGGUCGAGGGGCUUCCCCGUCAUUGGCGACACGCUCGAGUUCUUCAGCCAAAGCCCAUCGCUCGAGCUGGUCCCCUUCUUCAAGCGACGUCUUGAGCGCAUGCAUAUAGAGAACCUACAGAAGGAAGCUCCUCUCGUCUCCCAUGGUGCCCAAGACUGGCCAAAGCAAAAGAGGGCUAUAUUAGUUCCCAGAAUUUACCUGGGGCGGCCGCCCCUACAGGACCCUACACUGGAUCCGCCCCUGCUCCGCAUUGCACUGGAGCGGUCCAAGGUGGAGACCGGUGGCAACUCCGGAUCUGGAGCAUCGCCGCAGCUCUCGGCCGGGGCAGCGCGGACGCCGGAGCUGGACCCUCCAGGCCCGCCGCAGCGACACAAGGACAACACAGUCCGCGUCGGCCCCGCACCAUCUCCUUCCCCCGCCAGCCGCUCUUCCACGCGCGGCCAGCGCUGGGUGCUUUAUCCAUUGCCCACGCAUUUGAAUACUGAGGUUUUCACUUACUACGGUUUUGGAAAAACUGUGUAUUUGUAUGGUCCAAUUUUUAGGACAAGUUUGUUUGGUGAAGACCUCAUAGUUUCCAUGGACAAAGAGCUGAACAACUUGGUGUUCCAGCGAGAGGAGAAGCUAUUCCAAAUCUGGUACCCGGAGUCGGUCAUGAGAAUCUUUGGAGCCGACAGCAUCAUCUCAAAACUUGGGUCCUUCCACAGGCACAUGAGGAGUCUAGUCCUUAGGCUCUUUGGCCCUAAAAAUCUCAGGCUAGUCAUGCUCCAUGAUGCUCAGCGAACGGUCCAGACCAGCCUGCUCUUGUGGCUCAAUCAACCCAGCAUUGAACUGAAAGAGGCAACUGCAAGUAUGAUAUUCAGCAUCACAUCAAAGAGGUUAAUCAGCUAUGACUCCUCAAACUCAGAUGGGAAGCUCUGGAAGCAAUUCGAUGCAUUCUUUCAGGGAAUGCUAGCAUUUCCACUCUACAUCCCUGGCACGGCAUUCUACAAAUGUAUGCAGGGACGAAAGUAUGUCAUGGCGACUUUGAGGAAGAUGCUAGAUGAGAGGAUGAGGGCAUCACAUCAAGAGAGCGCCGACUUUCUCGAUCUACUGAUCGAUGAUUUGAAAGAGGAGAAGCAUUUAAUGAAUGAGAAAAUUGCGUUGGAUUUGCUCUUCUUGUUGCUCUUCGCCGGCUUUGAGACCACGUCAUCCGCGAUAACUGCCACAGUCAAACUCCUAACAGACAAUCCGAAAGCGCUACAGGAACUUACAGAGGAGCACGAGAACAUCCGGAAAAGAAGGGUUGACCCUGACUCCGAAAUCACAUGGGAGGAAUACAAGUCCAUGAAAUUUACGUCUCAUGUCAUACACGAAGCAUUAAGGCUGAUUAACAUUGCUCCGAUAAUGUUUAGAAAAGCUACAGAGGAUGUUCAUGUAAAAGGUUACAUUAUACCAAAAGGAUCAAAGAUCAUGAUUAACCCUUCUAUUGUUCAUCUGGAUCCUACAAUUUACGAGGACCCCAAUGCAUUCAAUCCAUGGAGGUGGAAGGGUACUGCUGAACCAGUUAGUGGUGCCCCCAAGGAAUUCAUGGCUUUUGGAGGCGGGCUGCGGUUAUGUGUUGGUUCAGACUUUGCUAAGCUACAGGUGGCUAUCUUCCUUCAUUGCUUAGUUACUAAAUACAGAUGGAAUGUGAUCAAGGGAGGAACCAUGGUGCUUUCUCCUGGACUACAAUUUCCUGGUGGUUUUCACAUCCAACUUCUCCCAAAAGCUUGACUCGUGGUGUUGAUUUCUGCAAUAUGGACGAUGUUUCUAUGCAUGGCACCAGAGGAUAUGCAAUGUUGUCAUGUUACUAUUAUGUGGCUAGUAAUUGACUUAUGGAACGCAAGAUUGAUAAUAAGCCCUUUUUUGAGUUGUUAAUAAGCUUCUCCUAUGUAGCAUAAACUAGACUCAAUUUGU